AGCCAAAAAUGGAAAAAAAAAAGUCACAACACUCAAAAUUGUAUGUCUCUGAAUUCUGCCACAAGGCGCCGUGCGUGGAAAUUAGUAGUUAGCGGACGGCAGCCUCAUGGCGACUGCGAGGACAAAAUGGCGACCUGCACUUUGUGAGUAGGCCUCGGCAAAGACCGAUCGAACACCGAAAGCACGGGUGCCGACAACAAAAUUAGGUUAAAUCCCGCCACGUUCUCUAAGUAUGAAAGAAAAUGAAGCUGCAGAGUGCGCCCAACUCACCUCGGACUUAGACAUGACGGCAGGGAAACGAGAGCCUUCAGCGAUGCUUCCUCGGGCGCGUCGACAGGCAGAAAGGAGUAAGCCAACCAACGUACCCGCCAGCCUACCCUCUGCUCGCCUUUUUAUCCCGCCCCCUCGCUUUCGGCAUUGGUAGACUCCGCCCUUGCUUUACUCUGAUUGGAGGUUUGAAAUUGUUCCCACCCACUAUUGGCCUGUGGAACCGCCCUGCUAAGAGACAUCAUCUGUUUGGGCGUUCUACGCAGUCUCCGCCCCUUGGAGUCAUUGAUGCCCCAAGAUCUGUUAUUUUUCACCAGAUUGAUUGGUUAGAUAAUCGGGUUUUUUUUUAUUUGAAUGUAACCAUGUCUUUAAAUGCUUUUUAUAACUUUCCAGCGCCGAACAUUACAAACUCCCUUGGCAAAACACGAUACGUUAGAAAAGUAGUUCGUACCACUUUUUUCAGCCACCACCCAUAGAGCGCAUGUGUAAUAAAAAAAUGGCGAGUUUACGCCGGCGCACUAAGAAGUUCCGCUUGCCUCCUGGAACACGUGAAAUGGCGGGCGGGAGAGGGUUGUGAACCUAAGGCGCCUGCGUAGUGGCGGGAGCUGCGUCCUGUUUUGCGCAGGCGUUUAGGGCGGAGAAAAAGGUCUGGGCCCGGGAUUGGUUGCGCAGGCGCAGGGAAGGAUCCGUUUUGGCGGGCGGUUGGCGUUGCGCAGAAGGCGGCGUUUGCGGUGGCUUGUGGUGCAGCUUUACCACAGAAGAACCGUGCAGGCCUUAGUGUGAGUGAUCACUGUAGAUCCCGGGGAAGGCCAUAGCCACAAUGCUUAACUGCAUGCUUCCAACAUGGGGCUGGUUUUAACCCAGCGCUCUGACCUAAACUGCUCAGCUCCCGGAAAUUCCAAGGAGGAACCUGGUGGCCUUAGUCCUUCAGGUGGACCAACGUGCGACAUGGGAAAGAAAACCAAGAGGACAGCUGACAGCUCUUCUUCAGAGGAUGAGGAGGAGUACGUCGUGGAAAAGGUGUUAGACAGGCGCAUGGUUAAGGGGCAAGUGGAGUAUCUGUUGAAGUGGAAAGGCUUUUCUGAGGAGCACAAUACUUGGGAACCUGAGAAGAACUUGGAUUGUCCUGAACUAAUUUCUGAGUUUAUGAAAAAGUAUAAGAAGAUGAAGGAGGGUGAAAACAAUAAGCCCAGGGAGAAGUCAGAAGGAAACAAGAGGAAAUCCAGUUUCUCCAGCAGUGCUGAUGAUAUAAAAUCUAAAAAAAAGAGAGAGCAGAGCAAUGAUAUCGCUCGGGGCUUUGAGAGAGGACUGGAACCAGAAAAGAUCAUUGGGGCAACAGAUUCCUGUGGUGACUUAAUGUUCUUAAUGAAAUGGAAAGACACGGAUGAAGCCGACCUGGUUCUUGCAAAAGAAGCUAAUGUGAAAUGUCCACAAAUUGUGAUAGCAUUUUAUGAAGAGAGACUGACGUGGCAUGCAUAUCCAGAAGAUGCGGAAAACAAAGAGAAAGAGAGCUCAAAGAGCUAAAGGAAGGGGUGGUCUCUGUCAUUUCUCUUUGUAUAUAAUACGUUCACCUUCCUGCCUCCUCUCCCUUCUCCCAUCCUUUUCCAUCCUAAACACAUCCAUAAAAAUAUGUGCUUAUCACUGUG